UACUGUAUUACGAACGAGCAGUAGUAUAUGAGUAUUAUUAUGCACUGAGGUACUGUUUGGGACGUUAUAGUACUUAUAUAUCAAGAUUUUUAUUGUACUUUAUUAUAGAAAAAUAUUUACUUUCAUUAUGUCUGUUGCAACGAAAGGAAUAUUUAUUGUAGCUGCUAAGCGUACCCCAUUUGGUACAAUGGGUGGUUCAUUUAUUAAUAAAAGUGCAACUGAUUUAUCAGUUAUUGCUACAAAAUCUGCUUUGCAGUCUGCACAGUUAAAUCCUGAAAAAAUAGAUAGUGUUAUUUUUGGCCAUGUAUUAUCUAUAGCAUCUUCUGAUGGAGCUCUCUUAGCUCGCCAUACUGCCUUGAAAUCUGGUAUACCUUUAGAGAAACCUGCAUUUUCAGUAAACAGAUUAUGUGGUUCUGGAUUUCAAUCAAUUGUUAGUGGUGCACAGAGUAUUUUAACAGGGGAAUCUAACAUAGUUCUAACAGGAGGAGCAGAAAAUAUGAGUCAAACUCCUUUUGUUGUAAGAAAUAUUCGCUUUGGCACAGUUUUAGGGCAGAAGCAUGAAUUUGAGGAUUCUUUAUGGCUUGGAUUACUUGAUACUUUUUGUAAUUUACCUAUGGGUCUAACUGCAGAAAAGCUUGGAUCUCAAUAUGGUUUAAAGAGACAAGAAGUAGAUGAAUUUGCUCUAAGAAGUCAACAAUUAUGGAAGGCUGCCAAUGAUGCUGGUUAUUUUAAGGAGGAAGUUACACCUGUUACAGUAACUGUGAAAAAACAAGAUGUUAUUGUUAAUGUAGAUGAACAUCCACGGCCUCAAACAACUCUUCAGAAUUUAGCUAAAUUACCUUCUAUUUUUAAAAAAGAAGGUUUAGUUACUGCAGGAUCUGCAUCUGGUAUUUGUGAUGGCGCAGGUGUUAUUAUCUUAGCUAGUGAAGAAGCUGUUAAGGCAGAAGGUCUUACACCACUGGCACGUUUACUAGGGUAUAGUGUUGUAGGUGUAGAACCUAGUAUUAUGGGAAUUGGUCCAGCUCCAGCUAUCAGGCAACUUCUCAAAGUUACAAAUAAAAAUCUGAAUAAUAUUGAUCUUGUCGAGAUUAAUGAAGCAUUUGGAGCUCAAACAUUAGCAUGUGCUAAAGAUUUGAAUUUAGAUAUUGAUAAAUUAAAUGUGAAUGGUGGAGCUAUUGCUGUUGGACAUCCACUGGCUGCAUCUGGUAGUAGAAUUACAGCACACUUAAUAUAUGAAUUACGGAGACGAAACAGUGGAAAACUAGGAAUUGGUUCUGCCUGCAUUGGUGGAGGUCAAGGCAUAGCUGUGAUGGUAGAAGCUCUUUAACUGUAUUAUCAAAAGUUCAAUGAUUACAAACCAUAAUAUAAGAUAGGUAUUGCAUAUCAAAUGCCAAGCUAAGGUAUAUACUAUAAAAUAUGCAUUUAUAUUUUUAUUUUUGAUAUAGACUAUACAAAGUAAAG